GGCGCGCAGCGCUGCCAGUCCGCCGUACGCGCCCGCCAUUGAGGACGACCGCCAUUAUAGAUUCCGUUGUGAGUGACCGAGUCCUGUUGGCGAUUUGCGACUUAGCGACUUCCCACGGAAAACUCCGUCGCGCGUUUACGACCUUACGCCGCCUCCGGUCCCGUGCACUUGCCGCGAAUUCGCGGAGGACGAGACGGAGACAGCGAGGGAAACGGUGGGAGAGGAGGGGAAAAAAGGGAGUCGAACAGAUAGAUCGCGGGCGGAGAAGUGAGCGAGCGAGCGGCACCCACGGCCGGAAAGGGCGCACGAUGAAAACGUACAGCAGGAAAAAGGGCGACAGCCCGAGCAACGUGAUCAUCCACGUGAACGAGCUGUGCCGGCUUUGCCUGGCGAAGGAGGAGGAGAUGGUGCCGAUCUACGACGACGAGACCGUGCCGAUGCCGUUGCGGAUACUCUCCUGCGUCAACAUCGAGGUUUACGAGCAGGAUGGCCUGCCUAACAUGAUAUGUCAUCCCUGCAAAUAUCAGUUGGAGAAAUCUUAUCAGUUCAGAAAAAAAUGCCAGGCCGCGGACGCCAAGCUCAGAAAGCAUAUGAAGUUGAUACAGCAGUUGACCGGGCAAGACGAAGAAGGCGAGAACCAGGAUAGCAAUAGGGACGAGUCCAAAGAGUCCACAGGAAAAUCCAAGCAGGUUAAGCAGCUGUUAGCCGAUCUAGUUGCGACUAAAGGCGACAGUGGCCAGACCGACGGAGAUCCCAUCGAGGUGACGGAGGAGGAACUCGUCGGCGGCUACAUCCUGGGAAUGAAUUCCGAAAAUCCGGAGAUGGAGGAAAAUGUCUCGGAAGAUCCGGAGAACAUCACAUUAGUACCCGCCGAAGAACGAACGGCGAAGGCGCGCUGCACGAUAAGGACGACGCGCAUCAAGCAGGAGCAGGAGUCCGAUGACGAGGCAGAGGAAGUGCAGAGAGCGAUCGCGAAUGUCGAUCACAAGAAUGUUUACAUGAUGGAGGUCACCAGCAACAAUGCCAAUCAGCCCGACUCAUUGAAGUUACAGCCUUUGGGUGAUACGAUCGGUAAGGAAUUCGAUGGUAAUCCGGAAAUGAAGGUGUUUAAAUGUGACAAGUGUCCAAAAGCGUUCACCCGAAGAAUAAUGCUGAAGAGUCAUCAGUCGGUGCAUUCCACGCAGAGAGGAUUCACAUGUCAGGCGUGCGAAAAGUGGUUCCCAACCAGAUCCGCGUUAGUGAGACACGAACGCACACAUACUGGCGAGAAACCGUUUGGUUGCAACAUCUGCCACCGUGCUUUUGCGCAAAAGGAGAUUUUAUUCCGACACUUAAUGACACAUUCUGGCCAAAAACCGUUCCAAUGCCAGCACUGCGAGAAGAGCUUCACGCAGCGAGAGGCACUUAAGGUGCACAUGCGCCGGCACCAGAAAUUAAAUCCGAAUGAUAUUCAGCUACAUCAUUGUCAGCUUUGUCCAAAAGCAUUCUGUCACGCGUCAGGUCUCAGCAGGCACUUGGUUACGCAUACUGGUAGAACGUACAAGUGCGUCGAGUGCGAGAAGACCUUUACGGAUAAGAGCUCGCUGCUGAGACACAGUCGUAUCCAUGCGCCCAAGAAAAUCAUAGCAAAUUGAGCAAAUGUCUUGCUCAGUUUGUUGUGAUUUUCCUGAGUUUAGUGGAUAUGAACAGUUUCUUUGAACCGGCAUCUAUGUCGAAAUUAAACCUGCAGUGAAUACUGUCAAUAUUAAGACCUGGACUCUCGCCGCGACCAUGUUAGAUCGUGACGUUAGAGGCGAGAAAUGACACGCUGAGAAUUCUUGCGUGCCAUUUCCAAAUAAAAAGAUAUUUGCAUAAAAUAAUACUUCAGAUUAUUUCAGCUUUAAACAUACUCCGAGGUUUACCCCUUUCCCGUAUCAGUUAAUAAACAGUCGUAAAAUAAAUGUAAUAAUGAAUGUACGAAGUCGUAAGUCAUGUAGGCUUAAGCGCAAGCGCAUGAUUAGGCUUUGUAUUAUAUUUAUUUUAUGGCUUUUUAUUAACUGUCAAGGGAAAGAAAUCUCGAAGUAUUUUUGAAGUUUGCUGAAAUGAUCUGAAGUAUUAUUUUAUGCAAAUAUCUUUUUAUUUGGAAACGCAAGAAUUCUCAGCGUGUCAUUUCUCGCCUCUGACGUCACGAUCUAACAUGGCCGCGGCGAGUACCUCUUAACGAAAAAAAUCUACAGAUUUUCGAAGAGUUUAUAUGGUUAUUUUAUUGAGAUGGGCUUAGUUGUAUAAUCAUUAUACAGGGCGUUUCCUAAGUAAGUACAAAAAAUUGAAGGGGAUAUUUUAGGCUUAUUUUAGGAAGAGAAACUCUUAUAAAUGUAUGUCCUAAACUGUUUUGUUUCCAAAAUACAGGGUGUUAAAUUUGUGAAAAAAAUGUGAAAAUUUCGAAAAUCUGGAAAACGUUUAAAGGAAUUUUAUUCAAAUAUAGUAUGCAUGAUAUUAAUAACCAUUUUCCAGUACCGAUAAAAAACUAAAUAAUUUUUAGAUCUAUCAGGGGCAUGCAUAUGGGUAAUUUUAUAUUCUUGAGUGACUUUUUACGUACAAUUCUUAUGCCCUAGCAGACCACGCGCCGUUACUUUUGGACAUAAUGCAGUCUCAAUCAAAGCCAGAUAUAUAUAUACACACACACACACAACACACACACACAUACACAUAUAUACUAUAUAUAUAUACAGAGAUAUAUAUAUACAUAUAUAUAGAUUAACUUGGAUAUUUACAAUUUUACCGAAUUUGGAAAAAUGAUUAUUCAAUUGUGUUAUACUGUUUAAGCUUUGUGGAAUCUUUUUCAGUUCCAGAGAGCAAUUGGCCGGGUUAUGCACUACUCUCUGUUUCGGUCCCAGACGAUUAAAAUCAAACGCUUGUUUGCGUUUCAGCGGAUUGCUCUGGGUGUGGGUUAUUUCCGACGAAUUUGUGUGGGGAAUAACCGGCACACUAAUCAGUUCUCUUUGCCCCCUGCCGUAAAUCUCAGGCACAGGUUGCGGAUGUCUACCCCAUGGCAUUCGCGUGGCUCCAUGCUAGGUGCGUCCGGAUUAUAUUCCAUAUUAGAAUGGUAGUUUCUUAAAUUAGGUGGUGGUAAACUGGCAAGAGGGAGAUGUGGCGGUGGUGGAUUACCAUUAGGACCCUGCGGUGGUUCUGGUACCGUGGCCACUGGAACUGUUCCUGGAGCUUGAGCACUAUGCGGUCAGAAACUCAAAACACGACUAAGUGCCACAUCUUCCAGUACAACUGGGUCUGUGCCGUGAUCAUAGGGACAAAGAUCUCCCCUCAUGCAGUAUCCCUUUUCGUCAAAGUCUUUGCAACGUCUCUUUGCUUGUUGUUGAAAAGAACCUGUCUGAUUAUUUGGAAUACUACUCGCGACAGCGACAACACUUUGUAUCAAUUGACAGCCUCAUGUCUACAUCUCCGUGAUUACUAUCUUAAGUUGGUGUACCACCACCAGGAUUUCUCUCGAUUCGAUCCAUUUUAUCUACCUCUAUUCUUUCGAAGCGAUCGAUCUUCUUCCGUUCUAUUGAUCUUGAACGCGAUAUAUAUAUACAUCCCGUAAUUUUCGCAUAUCUGUUUAUUCCGAAUUUCUUGGGUAUAUUUAAUAUAAUUAAAUUGAUAUCAAUUUACUUGUGUGAUUGUAUCGUUUUGGCUUUGGUCGAGACUGCGUUAUGUCCGAAAGUAACGGCGCAUGGUUUGCUAGAACAUGAGAAUUGUACGUAAAAAGCUAGUCCUGACUGAUUACGGCGUUUUCUCCCUUUUUUUUGUACUUACUUAAAAAACACUCUGUAUGUAAUUAGUAUAUUUAACGUUAAGAAACAUUAAGCAUACGUUUAUUUUAGUCACCCUUGUAUAAAUAUGAGCGAAUCUUAUAAUUGGGGAAGUUAACCCAAAUCAUGUAUUCGAAUGAAAUGUAUAUACGAAACGAAAUUUGAAAUACAAAAUUGUAAGUAAAGAAUACAUUAAAAAUUUAGACUGAUAUAAAGUUUUGAAAAUAUAAGUUGCAUUUAAAUGUAAUAAAACAGAUACUACGUAAUGCAACAUGCAAAAUGAAAACAUGUAUGAGCAAAUAUUCAAUAUCUCGUUCACUUGAUUGCAACUUAUACAAGAAUGAUUAAAAUAAAUCCAAUAAUUAAUUUUAAGUCCCGAACCUUUUUUUUUUAUUCAAUUGAUAAGGUUUUUUUCUUUGCGUGAUUGAAUUAUAGCAUAUAAUUUUUUUUUUAAUACUAAGUGCAAUUUGAAUCAGGCAUGUGCAACGUAUUAAAAAUUUAAAUUACGUCACAUAGCUAAAUAUAGCAUAACAGCAACAACAUUGAAUGCAUUAGUAUAAUUUUAGCUUUCCCUUUAAGGUAAUGAUCAUAUUCUUAUAUAUAAUUUUUAUAUUCGGAAGAUCACAUAUGAUUAUGUAUCACGUACCCCUUUGCGAUGUAGAAUUUAUAACUAUUCAUAAUUGAUGUAUAUAGUUCUAAAUAUAAAGCUAUAUAUUAAUGGAAUUAUGUCAUUCAUGUGUGCACAUAAA